AUUCUGAUAAAGUUGCAUCAAGUUAAAUGGACGAACUAAACGUGCGACUUUACCACCGAAAGAUUCUUUUUUAACAAUUGCUAUUUUAAUAUUAACUUAAAUAUAUCAAUUACAUUUAAUAAUGGCGUUAAGCUCAACAAAAGGGGAAAUACCAUCAAAUGCUAUUGUUUUAACCCAAAGAGAGGCUAUUCAAUAUCGAUGGAAACAAAUCCACAAUUGGGUACCGAAAAGAGAAGUAUGGCCUUUUUCAUAUGGACCGGCUUUGCUUGGAGGUGUCGCAUCAAUAUCAAGUUUAUAUAUUAAUAUCAGAAUUAGGAAUAUAAUGAAAUUACGUAGCUUUGGUUUGGCUUCUUCUACUAUCAGUAUGGCAUUAUGUCCAGGAGUGUUUACCAUUUUAGCUCAAAUGGAGUUCGUUACAGAAAAAGUAUUUUUGCCAGUGCAAACUUGUCCUUUAUGCAUCCAAAUAAACUCAUUAAUUGCUCAGAAUUUUUGUAGCUUGGUAUAUCCUUUGAUCUUGUCACCGGUAGUAAACCUUAUGAUUGCUAAGCGUGCUGGAACAUUUAGAAUGCCAUAUUAUACAAACUGGAAAGAAGUAUUAUAUUUUGGUGUGAACUUAUGUAAACCUAUUGUUCCAUCGUUAGCAGUCUUAAGUACUAUCAAUUCUUUAGCUGCAAUGUUGAUUUUAUAUAAGCAAUUUAAUUGCAUAUCUUAUAUAGAGCAAAUAUUAACUAUAAAUGAAGAAAGCGAUGAGAUGAAUACAACAUUCUGAAAGUCAAUUAUUUUUUGUUAGUCACAUAAAUUGUUGAAUAAAAUGUUUUUGAUUGUAAAAUUGUCAAAUCAUGUUGCAAUAUAUGUUAUUUGCUUAUAUUUGUAUGAAUGAGUGUCACACAUGCAUGUUGUAUGGGAUAUAUAUACAUUUGAAAGCAAACAAGAUUUGUGACAAUAUAAAA